AUCCCCCUUGCCCUUCACCUCGUCUCCUCCGUGACCGGCUCCACCGAGGCCUCAGUCUCCCUGGCGGCCAGACACGCCUCACAUAUAUAAGAUGAAGGGAGCUGGCGGUGGGACAUGGAGCAUCUAGCGACCACCGACUCUCCUUCUCCUUCAGUUAUCGAGUUGGUGAUUGAAAGAACUCUUGAGUUCGAGGUGACGUUAGAGACGAGGGGGCGAUCCCGUGAGCGUCCGCCACCACACCUCGCAGCCAGCCUCGACUCACGCUUCUCUCAGAACCCUCUAACAAGGAAGGUUCGUCCAGUUGCAACUAUCAAGCCUCUUCCAGAAAGGAACCAGAACGAGGAGGAAUCAGAGCCUGACAUCCCGGAUGAUAUAAAGAAAACUGACCUUAUUGAGAGCUACCAAGAGCUUGAGUUCGAGGAAUCUUGCAUAAGGUGCGACGGCGAUACUUCAAGUAACUUGACCACAUCCGUGCCCCAGGCCACUGUAGAAGACAACUGCAGCAACACUUACAAGGAUUCGUGUGUAGGAGAAGAGAGUGACUCAACACUUCUCGAAGAAACUCAACUCAGCGACCAAGAACUUCAACAACAAGAACCACAAACAAACGCCGAAGAGGAGAGGUUUCCUACACAAAGUAACUUUACCAAAGAAGAACCAAGCCAUUUCAAGGAUUCCAACGCUGCCCAAACCAGCAAGGAAUCCACCAAGGACGAACCGAAGCAGGCACAAGAUCCCUGUGGCUGCCACCGUGACUGGGUGAGAGCCUUGAGCGCUGCCGGCAAGACAUCCAAAUUCCACGCAAGUUACCGUUGGAACCAGAAGAUGGAGGGAGAAUACCAGGAGGGCUGCCAGAACGGGGAAGGGUGCGAGGAGCGCCACGGCGGCGAGGACUUCGAGCGGGAACAUGAAAAACACCACCACAAGGAUUCACCCAGCACUGAAUGCCUUGACGAAUUCUUGGACAAGCUUCACUUGUCUCACCUGGCCGACUACCUGCGGGUGUUGGGUUGUACCUGCGUGAGGGACUUGCGGCUCCUGGAGAAGCCGGAGCUGGACGCCAUUCAGCUCAUCUCACGUCGACGCCUCCUGCAGGAGCUGGACACGGUCAACCUCCACCAUGAAGCGCCACCGGCCGACUGCUCGCUGGAGGGCUGGCUGGCCUGGUAUGGACUCACCCACGUCUCCGGGUUCCUGAAAGCCAUCGGGGUUCACAGCGUGACAGAUAUCUCUUACUUGAGGGAGGACGACCUGCAGCUGCUCAAGCCAGUCACCCGCAGGAGGAUAAUCGCCUGCCACAGGAAGUUGACCUAAUGACUGACGGAGAAGCCCUUGAUGAUAGCAGCGUGAUGGAGACGUUCCCCUUGAAGCCACACCUUCGCGUGCGCACACACACACACACACACACACACACACACACACACACACACACACACACACACACACACACACACACACACACACACACACACACAAACACCGCUUCCAUAACCUCUGGAACACCCUUAAAGAAGACACAAUACCGAAGGCAUCAACACAUAUCAAAAUCCUCAGUACCAAGCUUGUAGUAACUCGGAACGAUGGCCCACACGCGCGAUAUUUCUUGUGCUCAUCCCUCACAGCCUCUUCGAAACUUGUCCAGCACCCCAGCAGGUCCUCGGCUACCCUCUCACGCUAGCAGGAACGAAGAAGAACCACAGCCGGUGGCCACCCUCGACUCCAUUACCCGCAGAUGCGAGUUCGCAUGCGAGUUCUGGCACGUCUUCCAAUAGCCUCGCGUGGUGCUCGUUCUGGCUGGCCUACUAAUAGCCUCGAGUGGCGCUGUGCGCUCCUAAACUGUAGUUUCAGAUCCAGUAGAAGUUGUCUUCAAUGUUUCUCUGUACUGAAAACAUAUGUCCAUCUCCAGCUGGAGACACACUAGUGGAUUAUUUCUUGUACAAAAUACUUUGCCUCUAGGCCCCACGGGAGCCAGCGUGGGUGUUGUGGACGCUCCCUCCAGCGGAGGCUCCUGUGGAUGUGGAAUCCAUAAAUGUAUAAAGUAUAAA